AUGUUCAUGAACGUCUUCAAGGCCAUGCCCACCCGGGCUGCGGCUUUCACCACCAUGAAGAGCCCUGCUCAGGCCCGCUUCAUGGCCACGGUCCGUCAGCGUGCUGCUAUGGAACCCGCUACCUUCACUAUUCGUGACGGUCCCAUGUUCACCGGAAAGUCUUUCGGUGCUCGCUCCAACAUCUCCGGCGAGGCCGUCUUCACCACCUCCCUGGUUGGGUACCCUGAGUCCCUGACCGACCCCUCCUACCGCGGUCAGAUUUUGGUCUUCACCCAGCCUCUGAUUGGCAACUACGGUGUUCCCUCGGCCGAGAAGGAUAGCAAUGGACUGUUGAAGUACUUCGAGUCCCCCAACCUGCAGGCUGCCGGUGUCGUCGUCGCCGACGUUGCUGAGCAGUACAGCCACUGGACUGCUGUUGAGUCUCUGGGUGAGUGGUGUGCCCGUGAGGGUGUUCCCGCCAUCUCCGGUGUCGACACUCGUGCCAUUGUCACCUACCUCCGUGAGCAGGGUUCUUCCCUGGCUCGCAUCACUGUUGGUGAGGAGUACGAUGCCAACGAGGACGAGGCCUUCACCGACCCCGAGCAGAUCCACCUGGUGCGUCAGGUCAGCACCAAGCAGCCUUUCCACAUCAGCGCUGCUGACCCCACCUCCCACGUGGCUGUCAUCGAUUGUGGUGUGAAGGAGAACAUCCUGCGAAGCCUGGUCGGCCGUGGCUCCAGCGUCACUGUCUUCCCCUUCGACUUCCCCAUCCACAAGGUCGCCCACCACUUCGAUGGUGUCUUCAUCUCCAACGGCCCCGGUGACCCCACCCACUGCCAGGACACUGUCUUCCACUUGAAGCGCCUGAUGGAGACCUCCCAGGUUCCCAUCUUCGGUAUCUGUCUUGGUCACCAGCUGUUGGCUCUGGCUACCGGUGCCAGCACCAUCAAGCUCAAGUACGGAAACCGGGCUCACAACAUCCCCGCUCUGGACUUGAGCACUGGCCGCUGCCACAUCACCAGCCAGAACCACGGUUACGCUGUUGAUGCCUCCACCCUUCCCUCCGACUGGAAGCCUUACUUCGUCAACCUGAACGACCAGAGCAACGAGGGCAUGAUCCACAAGUCUCGCCCCAUCUUCAGCACCCAGUUCCACCCCGAGGCCAAGGGCGGUCCUCUCGACUCGUCCUACCUCUUCGACAUCUACCUGGACAGUGUGCUGAAGUACAAGAACAGCCAGGCUGGUCUGUACCCCCAGCGUGACAGCCGCCCCAACGGUCUGUUGGUGGACCUUUUGGCUAAGGAGCGUGUGGGUGUCCAGCCCACCAUCGGUAUGCAGAACAUUGCUGCUGCCGCUGCUGCUGCUGCUGCUUCGGCUUAG